UAGCUGCAGUACGAUUUGUGCGAUUUCGAGCGUCCUUGGGAUUUCGGUAGCUGCGAGGAAAGCGUAAAGAAGCCCGCCGGGAUAUGCUCGUGCCUUGUGCGCUGCUGGCCGCUCUCCUGGCUGCCGGCCACGCAGCCAACCCUUGCUGCUCCCUCCCGUGUCAGAACAGAGGUGUGUGCAUGACAACAGGAUUUGAUCGGUAUGAAUGCGACUGCACGAGGACAGGCUAUUAUGGGGAAAACUGUACGACACCGGAAUUCUUCACGUGGCUGAAAUUAACAUUGAAACCUACACCAAAUACUGUCCACUACAUUCUCACCCACUUCAAAGGAGUCUGGAACAUCAUCAACAACAUUUCCUUCUUACGAGAUACUAUUAUGAGAUACGUGUUGACGUCAAGAUCCCACUUGAUUGACAGCCCACCAACAUACAACAGUGACUAUAAUUACAAAUCCUGGGAAGCUUAUUCCAAUCUUUCCUAUUACACAAGAAGCCUUCCACCAGUAGGACAUGACUGUCCAACACCAAUGGGUGUUAAAGGUAAAAAAGAGCUCCCAGAUUCAAAGCUGAUUGUGGAGAAAUUCUUGCUGCGGAGAAAAUUUAUUCCUGACCCACAAGGCACAAAUGUGAUGUUCACAUUCUUUGCCCAGCACUUCACUCAUCAGUUCUUUAAGACAGACCAUAAGAAAGGGCCUGGCUUCACCAAAGCUUAUGGCCAUGGGGUUGACUUGAACCACAUUUAUGGAGAGACUCUGGAGAGGCAACUUAAAUUAAGACUUCGCAAGGAUGGAAAACUAAAGUAUCAGAUGAUUGAUGGAGAAAUGUAUCCACCAACAGUAAAGGACACUCAAGCAGAGAUGAUCUACCCUCCUCAUGUUCCUGAGCACCUGCAGUUUUCUGUUGGGCAGGAGGUGUUUGGCUUGGUCCCAGGCCUAAUGAUGUAUGCAACAAUAUGGCUGAGAGAACACAACAGAGUCUGUGACAUCUUGAAACAGGAGCAUCCGGAGUGGGAUGAUGAGCGGCUAUUUCAGACUACAAGACUCAUAUUGAUAGGAGAAACAAUCAAGAUAGUUAUUGAAGAUUAUGUGCAGCACUUGAGUGGCUACCACUUCAAACUGAAGUUUGAUCCUGAGCUUCUGUUCAACCAGCGUUUUCAAUACCAGAACCGAAUUGCAGCUGAAUUCAAUACUCUGUACCACUGGCACCCACUUCUGCCUGACACUUUUCAGAUACAUGACCAGGAGUACACUUUCCAGCAGUUCCUCUACAACAACUCCAUAAUGCUGGAACAUGGCCUUUCCCAUAUGGUGAAAUCUUUCUCCAAGCAAAGUGCUGGCAGGGUUGCUGGUGGGAAAAAUGUUCCAGCUGCAGUACAGAAAGUAGCAAAGGCUUCAAUUGACCAAAGCAGACAAAUGAGAUACCAGUCCUUGAAUGAGUACAGGAAACGCUUCAUGUUGAAACCAUUCAAAUCAUUUGAAGAACUUACAGGAGAAAAAGAAAUGGCUGCUGAACUAGAAGAGCUUUAUGGAGACAUAGAUGCUAUGGAACUGUAUCCAGGCCUUCUUGUAGAAAAGCCAAGACCAGGUGCCAUCUUUGGUGAAACAAUGGUAGAAAUUGGUGCACCGUUCUCUCUGAAAGGACUGAUGGGAAAUACAAUAUGCUCCCCUGAGUACUGGAAGCCAAGCACCUUUGGUGGCAAAGUGGGGUUUGAAAUAAUCAAUACUGCCUCCUUACAGAAGCUCAUCUGCAACAAUGUGAAAGGCUGUCCUUUCACUGCUUUCCAUGUCUUAAAUCCUGAACCCACAGAGGCAACUAUUAAUGUUAGUACCUCAAACACAGCAAUGGAAGAUAUCAACCCCACACUACUACUGAAAGAGCGAUCUGCUGAGUUGUAAAUUAGCCAUCUAAUUUAUUUAUUUAUCUAAGUUAUUCUAUUUAUAGAUCUAGUAUUUAGAAAACAAGAAGCAACCCUUUGCAUCUUCACUUUGAGGGUUGCCCUAGAUUCCUUACUCAAGUAAGGUUUCAUUUUAGAAAAAGGGAUUUUCUGUGUUUCAGCUCUGCAGUAGUGAAUCCCUUGUUUAAAGCCUUCUGUAGCAGAACUACGUAUUCCAAAAUGGACCAAGUUCCGGUUUUUUACUUGUUUUAAUACUUGACAAAGGGUGUUAGGGUUGUCUUCUCACUUCGACAGGUCACGUAACACUACAGAAAGCAAGUUAUUGCCUCAGCAAUUUUUUAAACUUGAAAAUGACCUUCAGACUAAAAAUGAGAACGUGAUUUAAUGAAAACUGCUAGAAAAGAUUCUGAAUUCUGUAUGAGCACUCCAAGAUUAACAAAUACAUGUUUGAGUCUUGCUUAUUUAUAGUCAGAAAAUGCAUUGCGUUUGUCAGUGAUACUACCUCUCCCUCAUGCAAAUAAGGCACUUUGUACAGUAAUUUACAUGAUUGAUUUUUUUUUUUUGUAAGUCUGUCCUUUUGUGUGGCAUUAUACUUUUUCAUCAUUUUUAAUUUAAUUAUUAAUUUAAUUAUUUAAGGAUAAUAGAACUCGUCUGAGAUGCUACCUGUUUUUGAAGCAUGUGUUGCAGAAGUAUUAUUUAUGUGAGAUGAUGUUAACAGUGGUACUGAGCUUAGACACGACUGUCAGGCAGGAAAACAAGGCUGCUUGUAUAUCAGUAGACAUCUUACUUUGCAAGUUUUUGGAGAUCUUAAUCCAAAGUCUAUUAGUGUGGGGUUGCUUUUUUUUUUUUUUUUUUUGUAGCUGUAAUUGUCUGGUCAAUAUAAAUACUCUGGAUGGUAUAAAUCUGUCAUUCUAGAUAAAACUAUACAUUCCUUUUGUCCUUAAGGACAUGACUAUAAUAUAGUUUUAUGUAGCCAAAUGGAAAUUAUCGGGGAAUAAUUUAGAGAAUUAAAAAAAAAAAAAUUGGGACACUAUAUAAACAUAAGUAGCACUGAGUGAGCUGAACUUCAAGGCACCAAGGCUUUGUUAGUCUACGUCUACGUAAAUAGAGGUCUAGCUCAUGACUGUAAAUUGUUUAUUUGGUUGGAGGGGGGAUAUUAAUGUUUUAUUUAUUACAGUAUAAACAGAGGCAUUUUAAAGGAGUGGCUUGAGCUCUAAGGAGAAAAAAAUAAUAGCUAGCUAAGCACAAAAUAUCCCAGACACAUUUGUCCUGGUCCAGCACUAAAGUAUCUAGUCUCAUGGGGGCACAUAAGAACUUAAGUGGGAUCUUGUACCAGCACUUCAACCUUUGCAUAUAAGGGUAUCUUUUUUUAAUUUCUAGAGAGGAAAUGUAGAAGAUGAUCUUCCCAUAAAAUCAGCUGGGGAACUGUAGAUAAAAAGAAUGUUACUUCAGACUGGAGUAGAGCAGCAACCUGGUAUUCUAUGUCCCCAGCCAAAAUUCCUUGGCCUCUUGUGGAAAAGGACUUGUUUUAUAUUUCUGUCUGAAUCUCUUGAAUGCUUGUAGAGGCUUGUGUUGUAAUGACUGUGGUACUAGUAUAGUUUGACUGUGACUUCUGUAUUUUUAUUGAUUUGUUUAAAGAUGCUGAUCAUGUUCUACAGUGCAAACUUGUAACUGGUAGCACAAAUAGCUGACUUCAGAUCUCCUACAGCAAUUGAUACUAGUGACUGAUUUGAGGUGGUCCUUGGUAUGAAUGCUUUGGGAGAUGGAAGGGUGUUUUGUUUUCAUAUUUGAGGCACAAAGAAGGAAGAAAAUUCAAUAACCUUACAACAAAAAAAAAA